GUUUCCAGUGAAAACAAAUCAAAAUAAAGAAUUUGUAUCUACACAAGACAAGUUGUAAGGGCUUUUUUUCUUAAAGAUCUAUUACCAACAAAUUCUUGUAAAAAAAGAGAAAAUCAAAAAAAUGAAAAGCAAAGAAAUAAAAUCUCUUACCAUUAAAUUAAUUUUCUGCAUUACGGCAGUGAUCACAGCAGGCAGUACCACGUCAAACGUGUACCACUUUGGUGACUCACAAAGUCUUAAAAACAUCAAAGUUGCUUGGAUUAACUUUGUAAGGUAUACAGAACGUUACUUCAAUUCGACAUCAUUUUUUGAGAAAAUCGUGGCGAAUGUUGGAACAUGUCAAAGGCUAUGCAUACUUAAAAAAGAAUGCAAAGGUUUUAAUAUGUUACCUAUCAAUAGUAAUGGUACCAUUCUGCAAUGUGAAUUGUUCAAUAAGACAUUCUAUGGCAAUCCUUGCAAAUUGGAAAGACAUAUGAAUGCAACACAUCACACAAUAUCUAACCCCUGCGUGCAGAUAUACGAUUUGUGUGAAGAAUCUGAAAAGUGCGUUCCUGAUGAUUCUAUGUCAUCAUACAGCUGUCAAAACAAAUCCGAAUUGACUCUCCCAGAGUUUUGUCCCACAAAUAGAACUGAUCCCUGGAUUAUCCGCGAGGCUGCUAUUCCAACACCGUUUUGCCAUGUAUGCUAUACAAGCCAGCUUCCUGGUUCGCUCGUUAUUUUGCAUAUGUUAAGAGGAGAACGAUUUUCCCGAAAUUGGAUGGAAUACAAAAAUGGAUUUGGUGGUAAUUCUUUUUACGUUGGUAACGAGUUAGUCCACAAACUAACGACUAGGUACGCGUGUGAGCUGUACGCACACAUGUCCGGACCAGAAGAAGAAUUUCAAGUAUUUUAUGCGCAAUUCAGUCUUGGAAACGAAACAGAUCUUUACAGGUUAACAGUCAGUGGAUUUAGGCCAUACUUAGGAGGUAAUAUUCAAGACGAGUUCUCAUCUGCAAACGGUGUGCAAUUUAGUACGUACGACCAUGGACCGAAACGUCACGCUGCAAAAACAUCCAAGGCUGGUGGUUGGUAUCCUAAUAAUGGGAGCUUUUUUUCGGGAUAUUGGAAACAUUUGACCUCAGAUAACACUACUAAAUAUUUUACCAACAUCAUUUUAAAGUUAAGGAAAAAAUAAAGUAAUCGACAGUUCGAGAUUGAGAUAACAGGCUGGACUCUUUACUAACAUUGGGUUUGAGAAGAGGUUUUUAAUACAGAAAUAUGCGUUUAUUACAAUUUUUUGUCUUUGCUAAAGCAGUAUUGUUUUUUUAAUGGAGAUGACACGACGGUUUGAUUUUGGCUGCUUCACAAUUUUGUCAAUGUUGUUACUAGUUAUUACAAUCAAUGUGCAUGUGAAUGCUUUCUGUGUCGUCGUUUGUGACUUUUAAAUUUUGUUUUUUCUAUUUAAUAAUAAUAAUAAUGAUAAUAAUAAAAA